AUGGAUGCCAUCUUCUCAUGUCUAUUGCUCCUUGCAACCCUCUUUCUUUCUCUUUCUCUCAUUUUCCGCGUUAACAAACGCAAUUUGGGUAGCCCAAAACUCCCACCAGGCAAAACUGGAUGGCCUUUGGUUGGAGAAAGUAUAGUGUUGACCAUGGCAGGCCCCGAAAAAUUCAUAAAAGAUAGAAUGAGAAAGUACUCCCCAGAAGUGUUCCAAACUUCCUUGUUGGGAGAGAAAAUGGCAGUGUUUUGUGGUGCCAAGGGUAACAAGUUCUUGUUCUCCAAUGAGAACACCCUUCUCACCUCAUGGUGGCCACUCUCGCUGAAAAAAGUUUUGCUCUUCCCCUCCUUUGUCGACGAUCCAAUAAAAGAAGUAGGAGAAUUGUCACGUGGAUUUCUCCAUGAUAUUCUAAAGCCCGAAGCUCUAAAACAUUACAUACCAGUUAUGGAUUCAAUGGCGCGCCAACACUUGGACGAGGAAUGGACGCCUCAUGGGGAGGUGAAGGUUUUUCUAGUGUCAAAGAAGUAUACUUUUGGAUUGGCAUGUGAAUUGUUCAUGAGCAUCAAUAAUCCUGACCACAUUGCAAGGCUAGCCAAUCCUUUCACUCUUAUUACAUCAGGGAUUUUCUCGGUGCCAAUAGAUUUGCCUGGGACAGCUUACAAUCGCGCCAUCAAAGGGGGAAAAAUGGUUCGUAAUGAGAUUCUAAUGAUCAUCAGGGAGCGCAGAAAGGAGCUAUUAGAGAAUAAGGAAACAACAUACCAUGAUAUGUUGUCACGUAUGCUACUCGUGACACAUGAAAAUGGGGAGUUCAUGAAUGAAAUGGAGAUUUAUCACAACAUUAUGGGUUUGCUAGUUGCAAGCUAUGAGACAACUAGUGCUGCUGUCACCUUUGUCAUGAACUAUCUUGCAGAACUUCCCCACAUUUACGAUGGGGUUUUCAAAGAACAAAUGGAGAUUGCAAAGUCCAAAGGUCCAGGAGAGUUACUAAACUGGGAAGACAUAGAGAAGAUGAAGUAUUCUUGGAAUGUUGCAAGGGAAGCAUUGAGGCUAAUGCCACCAGCUCUAGGAGCCUUUAGGGAGGCCACAACUGAUUUCACUUACGCUGGUUUCACUAUUCCAAAGGGAUGGAAGACAUUUUGGACAGUAAAUUCAACACACAAGAAUCCAAAAUACUUUCCAAAUCCAGAAAAAUUUGAUCCAUCGAGAUUUGAAGGAAGCGGACCUGCACCAUUUACUUUUGUACCCUUUGGAGGAGGACCACGAAUGUGCCCCGGAAAAGAAUACGCUCGACUAGAAGUACUUGUUUUCAUGCAUAAUGUUGUGACAAGAUUCAAAUUGGAGAAAGCAAUUGCAAAUGAGAAAAUGAUAUUUCGUUCAUCCCUGACUCCGAUGAACGGUGUCCCUGUUCGCAUCCAUCCUCAUGAAAAUUAAUAUAAAUCUCCUUCAGCUUCAUGAAGAAUAAAUCUGCUAGUAGUUCGUGUAUAUGGUGUAUUUUUCAGCCUUUGCUUACAACAAUGCCAUGCAAGCCUCCUUGAUCUAACUAGAGUUCGUGAGCUCUGGUAGAGUUUCAAUGUAAUAAAAUAAUAUUGCCCAGUUUUUUUUUUAAUCACAUGUAUUUAUUUUACAUAAAAGUCAUUUUGAAAAUUUGUUUCA